AUGGGGAGCAUCUGCAUCUCCUCUGAAGAUGAGUUGAGUCAGAGGUUCGAGAGCUACAGCUUGAGUGCAGACGUCAGUGAGUCAGAAAGCUCCACCAGUGACUUUUCCUGUCGGCACGAAGCUCCUGCUGCUGCUUCCACUUCUUUGACUUCUUCCCCUCCAUCCGGACCCGACUUCGCUGACAUUUUUGUUUGUCAGCAACAGCCGCCUAUACCCUUUUUGUUUCCGGCGGUCGGUGGACGACAUGUCGUCAUUCCGGCGACCAAGGCUGAGAAAAAUGAGACCAAGUUGUCCGAAGUUGAAUUGAUGAAGGAGCGGUUUGCAAAGCUUCUGCUUGGAGAAGACAUGUCAGGUGGAGGCAAGGGAGUCUGUACGGCUCUUGCUAUUUCCAAUGCCAUCACAAAUCUUUCCGCCACUGUGUUUGGGGAGUUGUGGAAGUUGGAGCCAUUGGCACCCCAGAAGAAGGCAAUGUGGUGCCGGGAGAUGGAUUGGCUUUUGUGUGUAAGUGAUUCUAUUGUUGAGCUCAUACCAUCAAUACAAGAAUUCCCUGGUGGUGGAACCUUCGAGGUUAUGGUCACUCGGCCCCGCUCUGAUCUAUAUGUAAACCUGCCGGCACUCAAGAAACUAGAUGCGAUGCUGCUUAGCAUUCUUGACGGAUUCCAUGAUUCUCAGUUUUACUAUGUUGACCGAGGUAUAAUUGUUGCUGAUUCUGAUGAUGGUGAAACAAUUCCCCCGUCUUCCUCUUCCAAUAGACCUUCAAUCAGGCAAGAAGAGAAGUGGUGGCUCCCAUUCCCUAAGGUCCCCCCAAAUGGUCUCUCUGAGAAUGCUAGGAAGACACUGCAACAGUGUAGGGAAUGCACAAAUCAGAUCCUUAAGGCUGCAAUGGCGAUCAAUAGUAGUGUGCUGGCUGAAAUGGAAAUCCCUGAUGCUUAUUUGGAGAGUUUGCCCAAGAGUGCGAAAGCUUGUUUAGGCGAAAUCAUUUACCGUUUUAUAGCUGCUGAUCAGUUCUCCCCAGAAUGUCUUCUUGAUUACUUGGACCUCUCAUCAGAAUACACCACUCUGGAAAUAGCAAACCGGAUUGAGGCUGCUGCGCACAUUUGGAAGCAGAAACACCUGAAAUGCCAUCCAACUCUUGUGAAUACUGGAAAGUCAUCCUGGGGAGGAAAGGUCAAAGGCUUUGUCAGUGACACAGAAAAAAACAAGCUUCUAGCGCAUCGGGCUGAUACCCUUUUACAGAACCUAAGGAUACGGUUCCCUGGCCUCCCGCAGACUGCUCUGGACAUGAACAAGAUUCAGUACAACAAGGAUGUGGGGCAAUCAGUCCUUGAGAGCUAUUCUAGGGUGAUGGAGAGCUUGGCGUUCAACAUAAUGGCAAGGAUUGAUGAUCUGCUAUAUGUAGAUGAUGCCACGAAACAACGGGCAGCUGCAGAGUCUGUGUCUCUGUAUGACCAGGGAAGGUUUUGGUGGUGCUAUGCCAAAACAGAAGAGGAUAUCACCCAGUCCAUUCUCAGUUCACCAUACUUCAAUUGCAUUGCCAGCGUUGGAUCAUAUCAAUCAGACAACUAG